AUGACAUCUCGAAAUGUUUAUUCUGCGUCUCGGUCUAUUGCACUCGCCAACAGAAGGAGUGUCCGUUCCCUUUCCACUUCAUUCAAGAUGACAAUUGACGACACACCACUAGGAACCGAAAAUGGCAGGUUUCUUCUGGACGGACUUGAUAUCUACUCGGUAGCAGCAAAAGAUGAUAAGCAUCCUUUGACAGUGUAUGGAAUUGAUAGCUCGCAUCCAAAGCCUGACGAUAAUAUUCUACUGAUGCUUCAUGGUCGGACGUGGUCUUCUGUUCCAGUCUAUCACCUUAUGGGCGGCCCACAGCACAAACAAGAAGGGUAUGAAUCCAGAAGUCUGAUGGAAUUGUUUGCAGAAAAUAAGAUCAAGACGUAUGCAAUGGACUUUAGGGGAUUUGGUGGGACUCCUCGCGAUCCAAAGGGGGUGGUUGAACCACAUCGAUGCGUGGAGGAUGUAGAGUCUGUUCUCGCCUGGAUCAUGGAAAGGCAUGAAACAACUCCAGAACGUGGGGAUUUGAGUCUAAUGGGAUGGUCUCAAGGAGCAUUGGUUGCCCAGCUUGCCGCCCAGAAAUCUCAUCCAGUUUUCUCAAAGCUGAUUCUUUAUGGCUCAAUCUACGACCCAACAAUUCGAUAUCCACGGCAACCCCUCUUUUCGUCGUCAAAAGAUGAAAUUGAAGAAAUUGAAAACACAUGGGACGGCGCGGUGGAGGACUUUACAAUAGAAGGAUCGAUUCCACCGGAGACCGCCAGCAAAUUUGCUGAGGCUGCUCUUCUUUCCGAUCCUAUCAAGGCUAAUUGGAACCAAUUGUAUCAAUUUAACAACUGUGAUCCCGGAAAAGUCCAUGUUCCUACUCUAGUGAUUGCGGGGGACCAGGACCCUUAUGCCCCUCUUCCUGUCCAACAGGAGCUUUUCGCCAAUUUAGGCAGAGGAUCCGACCGAACUCUCAGCAUUCUAGCUGAUGCCGAUCACGCCGUCCAUCUCCUUGAUGGUAGAGAGCGAUUUGCGAAGAUCAUCAAGAGCUUCUUGAUGAAUGGGAAAAGGAGAGAGCAGUUGUGGGAGUACUAA